AGAGCGGAUUGUGUAGAAAGCGUUGGGCUUACAAGCCGAAAAAGUGCUUCCACAGUGGAAGAGAGGAGCAAGUGACACGUGCGGGAUUUUUGAGUUGCUGCUCUCUUGGAAGCGGGAAAGGAAAGUUGGGAACGUGGCCGGAAAGUGCAGAUGCUCUCUUAACUGCUGGACUUGUAGUUACAACUCUUUACAGAAAGUAUGGUGGUCCUAAAGCUGUUCCGCACAAAGAUUUGAGUGCUUCGGGCUUUCAGGAUGUCACAGUUGUUGCACCUUAUUUAGCUCUCAACUUCAAUUCUGGCAGAGAGGAUGGUGUUCACAAAUUUUUGCUGAAUUUUCAGCUACUUUGCUGCUCAGUCACUCGGUUUGCUGUUCAAAAUAUAACACUGUGAAGUGCCCUUAUAACUGACAUUCAGACAAGGAACAUUACAGCAGGAAGUUAAAUAAUUAAAUUAUGUGAGGAGGGUCAGCUCUAAAUGAUUUGUUUAGCUGUGUUUCCAAGAACGUGAAAGCUUGAUGUGGCUGAAAUAAAUUCUGUAUUGUAAAAGCCUCUAGUGAAGGUGAUGUACUAAAUGUACUCUGCUGGAUGGUGUGCAGGCUUCACUGCUAAGUUUGACAGGUUUCUGGGCCUGUUGGUUUUGUUUGACCUCAGCAAGCUGACAGAUGUAAUAUCUGGAACAGGUUUGGGAUGUUGUUAGUGCACCCUAUAAAAUACCUGACAUAUGUUCUGUACAUAUUUCAGAGAUCCAGUCUCUCCAAAUUGGCAUAGCAGAAUGGGAUUUGCCUCCCUACUGCAACAUUUUCAGCAGUGUUGAAUGUCCUUUCCUCCUAGAAUAAUUUGUUUCCUAAAAUUUUUAUCUAAUUUGGCAAUUCCUGCCCACCCCCUUUUAUGGUUUUGUAUUUAAAUAAGAUUCAGCUAGGGCAUAGCUGCUCUCUGCUUUUCACUCUUGAAUAAAUUCUCUUCAUCUCAUGAAUUCCAUCUGAAUGCUCUGGGCCAUAUAUAGGCUCAAGAGCAAUUUUGUGACAGUUUGCAAAGAUAGUCUUUAUAUAAUGGGGUGGGAAUUGCUCUGUGGAGGUGCUCAGGCUCUGAAAAUGUUACAUUUAUGUCAUUUGACACAAUUACAAUGGAACAUUUUGUUCACUGAGCUGUUACAUUUUUUCUUCCUAGAAAUUUCUGUGGCUCUGUUCUCAAAGUGAGCUUUGUUCGGACUUGAUUGUGGGUUGAGGCACUACAGCACACUGCAUGUGGGCUUUUGUUUUUUUGGUUUUUUUUUUAAAUGAUUUUGUAUUCUUUAGAGCUUGAUUUUAAUACUUGUAACAGUUGUAAUCAUCUUGCUCUUUUUAGGAACUUCUCUACUCUUCAUACACUCAGCUCUCCCAUGGAGAAGCUCCUCUCAAAUUCUUGAGGAUAAUGGAACAUAAAUGUUUAAAGAGUAGCUGUUGUCUCUGCUUUGGAUGAAACCUGACCUGGUUCUGACACUGAAUGACAGCAGACCCAUGCAAAGGCAUCCUUGAAAAUGAACUUCAUAGGAUCAGGAGGAGAGUGACAAGAAAGACCUUGGCUCUGAAGUCUCUCUGCCAGUCUCCUUGGGUUGCUCUGGCCUGCCCACAUCAUUCCUGCAGCUUGGGUGGCUCUGGAUGGCUGGUGAAGAGGGAUGUUCAAUCUAAUGGCCAAUUGCUGCAACUGGUUGAAACGGUGGAGGGAACCUGUCAGGUGACACUAAUAAUGGUGGGUCUUGAUAAUGCUGGGAAAACUGCUACAGUCCGAGGAAUUCAAGGAGAGUCUCCUGAAGAUGUGGCUCCAACAGUUGGGUUUUCCAAAAUUAAUCUUAAACAGGGACGCUUUGAAGUCACCAUCUUUGAUUUAGGAGGUGGAAAACGAAUCCGGAAUAUCUGGAGGAAUUAUUAUGCUGAGUCCUACGGUGUCAUAUUUGUGGUGGAUUCCAGUGACAUUGAAAGAAUGGAAGAAACAAAACAAGCCAUGAUAGAAGUGUUAAAAAGCCCUAAGAUAUCAGGAAAACCUGUGUUAGUGCUGGCAAAUAAGCAGGACAGAGAGGGAGCUCUGUCAGAAGCAGAUGUGAUCGAAUCCUUAUCUCUGGAAAGGCUGGUUAAUGAGCACAAGUGUCUCUGUCAGAUUGAGCCUUGCUCAGCGAUCAUGGGCUGUGGGAAAAAGAUUGACAAAUCAAUCAAAAAGGGAUUAUUUUGGCUUCUCCAUAUCAUAGCAAAAGAUUUUGAUGCCUUAAGUGAGCGGAUCCAGAGAGACACUACAGAGCAAAAGGCACUCGAGGAGCAGAAGAAACUGGAACGAGCUGAGCGAGUCAGGAGGAUACGGGAGCAGAGGGAGAAAGAAGAAGGAAAUGCACCUGAGGAGGAAGACCCUGAGCCUGGGAAAUGUGGAAACCCCUUCCAGCCUAUAUCUGCUGUAAUCUCUGAGAAUGAAAAACAGCUGGAAAAGGAAAAGAAAAGACAAAAGUUGGAGACUGAAAAGGCUACAAUUGUCUUGAAAUCCCAAGCAGAGCAGGACCACUUAUCAAGUAGCAGUAGCCAAAACACAAAUGACAGCAGGCUGGAAAGGUGCAAUUCUACAACUGCCCAGCUUUUGCAGCACGCAGAAGAGAGUGACCAACAAGCCUCAGAAUGCCUUGACUCAGAUAACAAUAAGAAAAAAAGUAAAAAACCAAAAUUAAAAAGGGGCCACAGAGUAGAACCUGUUAAUGCAGAGGACUCUAUUCCCAAGAAUCCUACACCACCAGCAGCCCUUCCACCAGUUGGAUGGGGAACUCCAAAACUUAAUAGACUUGGAAAACUUGAGCCUCUCGGUGAAACACAUCAUCCUGGCAAAUAGAGAGAAGGUGACAAGAAAUGAAAGCCAUAUGAAGAGAUUUCUAUGGAAAGCCUUUGCCCCCACUGACUCUACGCCAAAGACCCAACAGUGAUACCCAUGAUGUCAUUGCUUAACUGGAGCACAAAGAGAAUUUUAAAAAACCCACAAAUUAAAAAUCCUAUCUUUUUUUUUUUUUUUUUUUUAGCCUUGAAGGAAAAUUUUUUAUGUGACAUUUUAUCAGCAUGUGACAAUUAAACAUGGAGUUCAUCCUGUUGUGCUUAAUGGUCAGACUUUAUAAUUUACUUUUCACAUCACCAGCUCUUCUUCAGGAUUUCUUUGGUUUACUUGUGAAAAGACAUGGCUGUAAACCUGAAGAAAAACACCUUCAAGAUCCCAUAAUACUGGAUUGUACAUUCCCACUGAGACCUUUCUCCCGGUGCUGUGCAGGUGUUGGUAUUUUUUCAGGGAAUAAAUUAUUCUAAAGCAUUUUGUAAGAUUCCUGUAUGAUAGGGUGAAUAUAGAAAGGUUAAACAAAUAUUGAAUAUAUUUUUCUACCUUUUUAUAAAACGAGUUAAAAGUUUGAGUGGAGCUGUGUACCUGCUACCAAUGAAAUGAUACCUAGGGAGCAUUAUAAAGCUGAUAGUCAAGUGUAUAAAAAUAAAGUGUGCUUGACUCUUCCAUUUCUCUUACAGUACCAAUACCUUUUCUUAGGUAUUAUAUUACAUAUUUAAUAUUUCUGGCAAUCUGAAGCAGAGGGUACAAUAAAAAAAAAUUAAAAUAAAUACAUUUUAUACAAAAUAUUGCUGUUUGAACUAUCUGGAAGUUUUCUUACCUGUUGUUUUCUUUGUUUUGUUAACUGAGUUUGACAUAGGUAAUAAAUUCUAUGGAAAAAAAUAGAGUGAAUACUGUAUUGUCUACUACAACAAACAAGAAAAUUCACAUAGUGGGAAGUUUGCACUAAUUAAAUCAUCAAUUUCGAUAGGAAACUGAAUCAACCAGUAUGCAGAGGACCUCCCUCAGUUUUUAAUCUCAAUAAUACUAAAAUAUCAUCUUGCAAACUGAAGAAACCCUGGGUUUUUAAGGAUUUCUUUAACACUUCCAUGUAAUGUGUUGAAUAUCACAUACAAGUGAUACCUAAACAAGAAGGAUUUCAAUUUGUUAUAUUCCUGUUUAAAUGUUUUUACUAUUAACAGUGGAGACAACCAGUACUGUAUUUGUAAAGGUUCAUUGUUCUGCCACUUAAUGACAGACAGGAUGAAGCCCCCAUUCAGGGGGUUUUUUGGAGAAGCAGCAUUUGAUAAUUUUAUAUUAUGGUCUGUCAUCAAUAAUGUGGUUUUACCAAAGGAGUUGAGAUGUUGAAACAAUGUGGUGUGUUACAUGUUCAGCACUUUGAUAUUGGAAAUCCUUGCCAUGCACCCCUUGCAGCAAGGAGUUGCACAAACUUCUGCCAUAUUAAAAUGAAAUAAUUUAAGAUUUUUAAAGAAUAUGGUGGAAUCACUCUUAAGGAUACUAAGUUUGGAAUAGGUGGAGAGGUUUAUUCCUUUGUGUUUGCUAGUUUAGAGAAAGGAGGAAACAAUUUCUAUGUGACUACCAGCAUGAGAAUACUUCUGUUGUAUUCUAAUACUAGAACAUGAUUCAGUUGAAUUAUUCUCAGGAUUUGGUCAUUUUCCCUUCAGACAACACAAUACUAAGUGCAGGAGAGGUUGCACAAAAAUGUAGAUGUGCAAUCUCCACUUUACUAACACUAGCUCUGUUACCACUUAAGUUUUUGGCUUAAAGGCUCUACUUUUGCAGACUUACUUUUUUACAGCUUCAAUUUCUAGGAAUGUAUUAUACUUUUGUUUUCCCUCUUUCCUAAAAUAAAUCAUGGAAGUCUUUAUUUAAAAUAAAGCUAAAUACUGCUGUGGUAACAAAAUUUGAGAAAGUGAAAUGUUAAUGCUUAUAUAUGAACUGUGUGUUCUGUGUGUUGUGUGUGUGGACACAUGUAUCAUUUUUGAUUUUUGCUUUUAAAAUAAAUUUUACCAGUAUGUGACCAAUGUACUCAAAAAUGUUUUAUAAGUUUUUGUUUUGUUACUAUGCUUUGUAAUUAUUUACUAUGCUGGGGUUUUUUUCCAGUAAUUUAUACUGCUAUGACUUUUUAUUUGCUUAAGAUGACAUUUAUGUAUAGAAUAAAACUAAUGCAAAGCA